UCGUAAGGCCCAUUGAUGGCUCAAAUUAUGUAUCCAGACGGUGGGACCUUCCCACAAGGGACUCCCCACAAACAAAAGCCAUACGAAUUUACUUUUGUAAUACGAUGGGUUGGAUUGAUUUUGACAAUAAUUCUAUUGUAUCUGUGUAUUGUUCUUGUAGGAGCUGGAGCGACUGCUACCUUCCUGAGUGUGGGCCUGUACUACUUCGUGAAGGGCAACAGUCAGAAUCAGCAAUACAUGAUGCGGGCCAGAGUGGUGGCCCAAGCGUUCACAGUCGGCGCUUUUAUUUUUGGAAUGAGUGCCGCUGCCAUCAAAUCCGUUUCAAAGACUUGAUUAUUUCAAACACCUUGACAGCUAUCUUUAGAAAAUGUGUAAUAUUCUUGUAAUUAAAAUUAUUGUUGUUUUCAAUUUUUUGUGAAAUGGAUGUACAAUAAAUAUGUUUUACAAAAAUUGGUCACAGACUCUGUCAUCAGUCAAGUUUAUUCAACUUCGAAGAAUAAUUUUUUUCUACAGAGUAGGGUAUAAUUUAUAAAAAUUAUAUUUUGUUGGUUUUAAGUUAUUGUAAAAUGAAAUCAAAUAUACUAUCAUUUAUGAA